AUGGCAGGAAACUAUGUCCGAGUUUGCGAUCUUGAUGCUUCCAAAGAGGAUUGGUGCAUAUUGGCUAGAGUUGUUCGUCUGUGGAAUGUGAUCUCAACUGAGAGAGGGAGUCCAGUUUCAGCCAUUGAGAUGAUUCUGGUUGAUGAAGCUGGUACUCAAAUCCAGGCUGCUGUCAGGAAGAAGUAUGUGAAGAAGUUUGAUCGUAUACUUAGGGAGGGUCCUGUUUACUCUCUCAGAAAUUUCACAGUUGCUGAUAAUGUUGGGGAUCAUCGGACUACUUCCCAUCAGUUUAAGAUUAUUAUUCAGGGUGAAACUGUUGCAGUUAUAAAGCCUGAUAAUUUGGUUCCUGUUUUCCCCUUAACAUUUGCCAGCUUCGAAGACAUUGUUGGGGGUCGUCUUGACACUGCAUAUUUAGUAGAUGUUAUGGGACUUAUCACUGGACUUGGAACUGAGCGUCAAUACGUAACUAAUGGAACCAGGACAAAGAUGAAUGUUAUCGAGCUGGAAAAUUCUGGGAUCAAGCUGAACUGUGCUCUUUGGGGUCGUUACAAUGACCAACUGAAUCAAUUCCUCCUAGCUGGUGACACUGAAACUGCUGUUGUUGCUAUCUUUGGUGUCAAGAUCAAAGAGUUCCAAGGUCGGAAGGGAUUGCAGAAUGCUCUGCACUGCACUAAGUUGCUCUUUAACCCUACCUUUCAAGAAGCUAUUGAUUUUAAGGAGGGCAUGUUGAGGAACUUAACCUCACCUUCACAAGGAAUUUCACGCAUCAAUGACACUCAUGACAUCUCUUAUGUUGUUGAGGCCACUAUUAAGCAUGUUAUUGAUAUGGACGAUUGGUGGUACAAUGCAUGCAAUGCCUGUAACAAAGCGGUGUAUCCUGAUUCUGUGGCCUACUAUUGUGGAGACUGUGAUCGUCGGGUUGUGAAUGUGAAACCUAGGUAUCGAAUUAAGGUUCGAGUUAUUGAUGACACAGACUCGACUACCUUUGUGAUUUUUGAUCGUCCUGCUGCUGGAUAUUUCAAUCGUACCUGUUCAGAAAUGAUAGAGAUGUUUGAGAAGCAUGGUGGUGAGCUGGUUUGCCCAAGGGAUAUAUCUGACUUGGUUGAUAAGAAGUUCCUAUUUAAGAUGGACAUGAGGAACUUGACUGUUGGCAGAUUUGAGCCUUCAUAUAAGGUUAAGAGGUUCACUGAUGAUGCUGUCAUACUGGCUAGGUUCAGUGACAUGGACUCUGGAUCUGAGAUUUAUAACUCUGAUGUUUCUUUGAAUCUGACCAAGUAUGGCAAUCAUGCUAAUAAGGCUGAGUUGGUUGAUCCUCGGGAUCUUAUGAGUCAAUUCUCUGAAGCUGAGCCUUCUGAUGCAGCUGGUGGAGCUUACAUUGGGCUAGGUGUUGAUGGUAACAAUGUUUUAGGGGAUGAGGUUGUCAAUUUGGAUGGUCAGGAAGGUCGUGACGAAGGUCUCAACAUUGCUGAUGCGGAUUCUGUUUCAAUGAUUGCUCAUAAGAAAAGGGUUACUGCUGAUCCUGUGAGCGGUGGUGCUGGAACUAGCAACGUGAAGAUUCUCAAGCAAAUCAAGCAGGAGAAGAAUGCCUGA